AUGUCCAAAACUAAAGAUUCUGAUAUAAAACUUACUGAAUUCGGUCUUUCAAACUUCAUCAAGCCAGGUGAAGGUUAUAGUCGCACAAUGAGAUGGUGUAGUGUGCUAUAUUAUGGGAUUCAUAUCUUGUACGGAACCAAACUUAAGUUGACAUUGGAGACUGGAAUCCAUGAUUCCAUUCGAAUUGAUUUGGUGGGAAUGAGUGAGAAUGACGUCAUCAUAUCUAGAGUAAAGCCUUUAUUCUUUCUCGAUUACUAUGCAACAAUUCGUCUUCAUGUUGAGAUUGUUGAAAAGGAUAUAAAAGGAUUUGUUGAUGGUUGCCAACAAUUUGACUGUGCUCUUUUGGGUGGGGAGUUGAAAGCUCUGAUGAAAGUGUUUAGUGAUUUACAUGGACAGUUUGGUGAUCUCAUGCGCCUCUUUGAUGAAUACGUAUUUCCUUCUACUUCUAGAGACAAUGUACAUAUGCUAUGCUUUUGA